AUGAGCCAACAGUUCACCGAAAAAGAUGAGGCAACUCACUCUACACAAUCACAAGUAGGCCUAAAAGAUGAAGCUGAGGUGCCAACCAUCCUUGAACUCACAGUUGAAAACGUGCAGAGGUUGGAGCAGCAGUUUGAAGGCACAGAAUGGCUGUACAGCAGCAGUCGCAACUUGGAGGGGUAUGUGGAGCAAUGCAGCCAAAUGGACUGGGAGGCCGGGAGAAUCGAGGAGAUCUGCAAGCAGGAUAAUAAUGUCUCUUCAGAGGAGCUGGACCUGCGAGACCACAUGAGGACAGCUUCUCGGGAUCCGUGCCCACGGUUUGACUCUCCUGAAUAUGUGGAGGUCUAUGCAUUCGAUGGCAGAGUUAUAUCCAGAAUCAGCACGAGGACACAAACAGACUGGGAUUGGGUGGACCAGAGGAGACAUGAGGAGCGUAGCCAAGUCAACAUUCAGUCAGAAGAAGUGACACCAAAACCUGCAGAGGAAUCAGGGACCCCCUUGGAAUGUGUGGAUACAACGCUUGACUCCACAAUGCUUGAGAAUCUUCCUAAAAACGAGGACCUGGAGAUAGAUAUGUCCCUCGAUAAUGAAGUAUUGGAUACACUGAGCAAGAAUCCCCAAACUCCCACAGCUUGUAGAGUAGAAACUAAACAGUCACCAACACCUUUUGAGAUGAUCAGAAGGUCAUCCAGCUCAGACUCAUCAGGGGAGAUGCUGGAGAGUGAGAUGGCCUCUAUUCCCUGUGAGUACUGCCUGCAGCCCAAGAAGCCCACUGUGACCAAAGACCAGAUAGUCAACAAUAUGGACCAAGAGGAGUUGUUCUGUUGUGAGUUGUCCUGGAAGAUGACUACGUUUCUGAUGGAGGAGAAGGAGGAGGCUGCAUUCGCUGCGAUCCAGGGGAGCAGGGAGAUUGAUGUAAGCCUUUACCCACCCUUCAAGAAGGCUGCGAAGGAACGGGUGGAGCAAAGGUUGAAAGAAUGGGAGAACCAGAAUGGCCUGUUUUCCACUAAACAAAGAACUAAAGUUAACUUGCGUAACACCAUUUGCUAUCGACUUUCAAAUGAAGUCUGGACUGCAGAGAAGGAAGACUCAUUCGCCGAAAUGGAAAUCAUUGAUUCUCCAGACACUCUCACACUUUAUGGAGAAGAACAAGGACAUAAGAUAAAGCACACACUAAUCAAGCUCUAUGAGAGUGGUCAAUCAUUUGUCACCAUAUUUCCAGAUGGAACAGGACAGGUUUUCUAUCCAUCAGAAAGACUUGCCGUUCUCAUAUUUGCUGUCCACGGUGCUGAUUACACCUAUGUGAUCCUAGAGGACAAAGAUCUGGUACCCAACAUCCAGGCCAUCUUUACAUCCAGGGGUCAGGCCACCUGCUAUCAUCCAAAUGGUCUUAUAUGGGUGAACCUGACCCAGCUGGGAGGCUCCUGCUGUAGUGACACCGGGGCUAUGAGGAGGCGCUGGAGUUGGCUGGACCACGAGCCCCAUGUCCACGCCCCUCCCUUCCAGCCCAUCUGUCUGACCCUCAGCCCCAACAUCAGCCUGCGCAUCCAGACCCAGGACUGCAUCUACCUCACCUUCACCUCUCGCAAGAGAAGUGUGAGGUUCAACGUGGGGGCCAAACUCAAGCUGGAGCACUUGAAGAGCCUGAUGUUGCCUGGGCCAGACCUGGACCAGAGACACCUCCACAUGAAGAGUGCAGAGAUCUACAACCUUCUGCAGAGGAUCCAGGGCUAUAUCACCUACCAGCAGGCCCCAAGUCCACAGAAGGUCAUGCCCCAAUAUAGCCUGGUCUCUCAAAUGGAGAGACUGAAGACACCUCUGGACAAGCACCACUCAGUCAAGAAGAGAGUUCAGAUAGCUACCAAAGCCAAAUAA